AUUCCCCCUGCUGAUGAGCAGGGGUGUAGGCAGGGGGCGACAGUGGUGGAGCUGCCGACCCAGGUCAACCAGGACAACCAGGACCAGGAGAGUGACCAGGACCAUGAGCGUACCCAAGGAACCAGAGGGUUACCACGUCAGUAAGAGGACGGUCGGGGACUGUGCAGGCGUCCUGAUGAGCUGGGAUCACUGGGAGGAGCAUCUGAUCGUCCACGUUGACACAGCGCGGGUGAAAUCACAGCGCCACACCGAUCCAGGGAGCGUCUGUGAGUCGACUGCGAUAAUGAAAGGCACAUUCAGACAAACAAAUCCAAGAUCUGACCCAUUUGGCGAAGAACCUGAGUAUGACGUGGUGUGCGACCUGCAGGAAGUGCGGUGUGUGCAAAUACUUCCUGCCAGGCCCAUCAAUGAAGAACCAAUGUACGCAGACAGGGAUGUUCCGUGGUCAGCAUCAGAACAGGGCCAGAAAUCCCCAUCUACUGGUAACUCUAAUAUCCUGCCUCAGUGUCAACAGAGAGAACUCCUCCAUUCUGUGGGUCCACCUGUAAAUAGAGACACAAAGCCUGGCAGAAGAGAAAAAGCAUUGGAUAACACAUCGGUUCAUGUGAAGACAAGAGAGCAGCAUGUAAAAAGUAAAAAAAAAAACGAGGAUCACAAGUACAUGAAUACUUCCAGACCCUGUCCACCGCCUCCGUCCUCAUCAGAUGAGAUCACAAACAAGUCUCCACACGAGGCUUUCAGCAGAAUCGAACGAGAGGCAACAAAGAGAACAGGUUUUAGGCCCAACACCAAAGGUCGACAGAGAGCAGAAACUGUUUCCGUUCUCCACAAAACACAAAGACAUUCACUGGACCUGGAUUCCGUUCCUACAGAAAUUACGUCAGAUCAAAAUUUGGAAAGGGUUUUCUCAAAACGUCAACACCAUGAGUGGCCUCAAACCAGAAAAGACUUUGACCAGCAUGAGUUUGUUCCAAUGGCGAAGCUACGACAGACCUACUGCGAAGGACACUGGUAUGUCAAGGACUGUAAUCGAAUUGAUGCUGAACACGCCCUGCAUCUGGUCAACACGGACGGAGCGUUUCUGGUACGAGACUGUUCCAUCAAAACCAACAGUGAACCUUUGGUCCUAGCAGUGUACCAUGAUAAAAAAGUAUACAAUAUAAAGAUCCGGUUCAUUGAGAGCACCGGCAAAUACGCACUGGGACAGCGAUCCAAUGACAUGUUUGACUCGGUAACAGACGUCAUCAAGUUUCACAGCAUAUUCCCCAUCACUCUCAUCAGUGGGAAAAGUGUACGAGAAGGAAAAUACCCAUGUUUGUUGACAUACGCGGUAACAAGGAGGGACGUCGACCAGCUCCUACAGAGACUCUAG